AGAGAGAGAGAGAGAGAGAUAGAGAGAGAGAGAUAACGAGUGCGUGUUCGUGUAUGGAUUUACCUAAUCGCAGGAAAUAUCUCUUUGAGGAAAUCAAUAAAACAUUCCUGUACUAUGAGCCGUCAGUUUCAACCAAAUGUCUUCACGAGUGUGUUUUCGGUAAAAGUUCAUUUCAGACCCCAGUUUUUUAAAUAGCUACUCAUUCAAAAACUAGGCUACUUUUUAAAUUCCAUCUCACAUGGCGUCAUAAAACCAACAUUCUGACCCCACAGAGAGUGGAGUUCUCUGAUGUGUGUAGCAGGUCAAGUUAGUUCCGUAUCGAGAGUUCAGCUGGAUUUUACUGUCUUUUGUGUUUUUUUCCCUCUCUUUUUUUACGCACUGUAUAGUGCACUCUAAGAGCACUGUAACAACAGAUCAUGGAAGGCUUGUUGUUUCAUAAUCAAUACUCAACAGAUCUCGAUAUCUAUCCUAUGAAAUGAUGACGUUAACUAUGAGAAUAAAAGCAAUCCAAAGAUCUAGGCCUAUAAUAUUAGGGCCUAGUCCUAUAUUGCGUUCUACGACACCGAAAAAACAUAUUGCGUCUCCAAGAACAAUAAUAAAAGUAAGCCUAGGUCAAGGACACUAUUUCGAUAAUUCAACUUCCGGAUUUGAUUGCUCGAAAUGUUCACGGUCAAAGCAAUUUAGAGCUCCUAAGAAUAUUACAGUAAUCACAGCCUUUGAAAUUCAAUUUGCAAAAUUCUCAACAGGGGAUAUCAACUUUUUUGUCCUUUUCGGUUUAGCGCCACCUUGACCCCAGAAGGAAAAUACCAUAGAUCAAUUGUGAAUAACACCUGAAAAGCAAGAAAGUAGAUUCUCGUUCAACACAACGAAAAAGACUGAGUAAGUUACAGAUUUUCUUUCUCGAAGCUCCACUGGUCGAAGUCUCUAACGGCUGCAUGAGACAUGGCUCGGGCGUUCCUAAUGGUCGUCAUUACCCUCGCCUCGCUAUCAAUUCCCCCUCUCUGGGCAAGAGAAUGCAGGCAAUCAGAAGGGCGGGUCUACUUCGCGAAGACUGGCUACGUCACUUCUUUUUGGGACGCCCAUGACCGGUGCGUUGCGCUCGGAGGCCGACUUGCGGAGUUCAGCACUAGGUCAAUGAAUCCAAGUGUUAGAACCAGGUGGAUGAAAAACAUAUCUGACACGUUCAUUAUAGGCGGCUUGGCUUUCGGGAAAAACAAUGUCGCAGUCUGGUACUCAGGUGAAGAGUUGGUAUUUCAGACGCGAUUACAGUGGGGGCAUGGAGAGCCGAGGAUAAUAUCUGACCAUAAAUGCACAUUCAUGAGCAAGGGGCUGGCACGAACUGGCAAAUGCCACAGCUGGGAGCCCAGCUCCGUACGAGCGCUGUGUGAACUGUCUCUGUUUGAGAGAGCAUUCCGACAUACCAAGUGCACGCUGUGUAUGUGUCCUGGGCAAGAGAUGCCGUUGUGUAUGAAUAAAAGAUGUGAUCUGCCAUGUGUGAAACUCAGAGAGGACAAAGACUGCAUGAUGUAUCCAUGCAGGUACAAAGAUCGGUGGAAUCCACCAAAAUGUGAGAAAAUCUGUAACUGUCCUUUAGGUUGUGACGCGAUAACCGGACAAUGUCAGGGUAACUGCGCUUUUGGCUGGAAAAACGGGCCAAAUGGUCAUUCCUGCAACCAGACAAUUUACGCUCGCGGGUAUUUCAGGUAUACCGUCUUACACAAAUUGAUGUCGACGGGUUGCGUGUGUCGAGGGGACACUUGGUGCGACAGAUGGGGAGGGUGUUGGUCUUGCUGGCCCGGGGCUGGGGGUCGGUUCUGCGCGGAAAGCGACUGUCCGGUCCGACGGUACGGCAGAGACUGUGAGAAGACGUGCCACUGUGCAGAUCCCGUGAAGUGCGCCCAGGAGCAAGGCCACUGUCUGCAGAUGCCGUUCAAGGGAUGUUCGGGCAAGUGGCUGGGUAGAUCAUGUACAGAGACGAUCUGCUCCACUGGUCUCUUCGGGCCCGACUGUCAAUACAUCUGUGCUUGUAAAUACGGCGAGCAGUGUGACCUUGACAGUGGACAUUGUGCGGCGGGAUGUGAGGACGGCUGGAUGGGCCCCAGCUGCAACGACACUUUAUGCCCUGUUGGGAAAUACGGAAGUCGUUGUUCUCAGGACUGUGGUGAUAGCUGCAAGGGUGAAGCGUGUAACGCGAAGACGGGAAGGUGCAUCAGUUCUUACGUCAAAAAAAGGCAUGCGUGUAAGGAUCCACACAAGCACGGCUACAACUGCGACAAACAGUGCACCGUCAACAUCACCGGCCUUUGCAAAGGCUGUGACCGGGACUUUGGCGAUAGGUGCGGGGAGUGCAAGUACGGAUACCACCUCAGCGCUGACGGAGAGUGUCAAGAAUGUCCAGACAACACUUUCGGGUUCCAGUGCCUUGGUGAUUGUGACAUCAGCUGCCCCGAAAAAUUCGGAUGUAACAAGUUUGAAUUCGAGUGUUACGAUAUGUGCAAGGAGACUUACAAAACAAAAUGCAACCACGAAUGUUCCGAACCAUGUCCAAGCGGAACAAUCUGUGACGUCGGCGGGACAAACCGCUGUAAAGCAGGUAAAUGCAGCAAUGUAACCAGCGUAACAUUGUGCAACCAUCCAUGUUCCGACCCAUGCCCGUUUGGAACAUUCUGUGACGCGGGUAAAACAGACCAUUGUCAAGUGUGUGCCAAAGGGAGGUUUGGCUUUAACUGCGCCCGACUCUGCUCUCACGAGUGUGGUCCAGGGGUUGACUGUGACGUGAUCACUGGUCAGUGCAACACUUCUGCUCAGAGCAAGCAUACAACGAUCGCUGAACAGUGCUACCCGCAUCUGAUAGACCAAACAGUGUCAAAGUGGCUCCCUUUCGUGACCGUCCUCCCAGCAAUCUUCGUGGUCUGUCCGAUCAUUCUGUUCUCCUUCAUCCUCUUCUUCAAUAGCGAAAAUCCGCGUAUCAAAGAAGGAACUUGUUUCAAGUUUAAGAGGAGGAAACAAACUGAAC